UGGGCAUGAGACUGCCUUGAGGGAAGCGUAAUGAGACAGCGCAGAAACGAUGUGUAUAAAAAUGAUGAAAUCUAGCUCUUAGUUGUCGUUUGAGAGGUUUGCCAACGUGCCUUGGCUGUACACGUUGGAUCAGAAGGGCAUUCUGGUUGCUGGAUGAGGCUGUGGUGAAUAGUUUUUCAUAAUGUCAAUGUUCAGCACUGGUCUCCUGGUUCUCACGUCCCCGUUACAGACCCUCCCUCUCCGCCUUGCGCCUGUCCUCAGCUCUGCUGCCCAGGUGGUGGAACGCACCCUAUAUGUGCACUUUCACCCCGGUCUCAACCUGGCCACGGGCACACAGGCUCGACCCGCCUUCAUCCAACCUGUGGUGGACCUUCCCAGUGUCAUUUCUCGCCUCUACAGUAACGCAGCUGACGUGUGCAGUCAUCUAGACGUCAGGGUGCUGCUGACUCAUUUCAAGGCACGGUCGGGAGUGUCUCAGGUGGGGGCGAGUGCAGUCUCCAAUCCUUUCCCCUCACCGCAGACCCUGUCCCACUUCCCUGAGGUGGUUUUGACAGAUUAUCCCCUUCAGGAUCCUAGCCAGUCAUCGCUGGUAUCUCAGUGCCUGCAGAAGUAUGCAGGUUACUGCUAUGUCUGUACGCCUGAGCUGUCCUCAGUCAUACUGCAUCCACAGCUCAAGUGCGAGGAUGAGGAGCAGAAAAGAAUAGAAAAAGAAGAACCUAUAGAGACAUACAGUGACGUGGUGGUGGGGGGAACCUUUGACCGUCUACAUGGUGCCCAUAGGACCCUGCUGAAUAUUUGCUGUCUGCUGGCCAAUAGGCGCUUUCUGAUUGGGGUGUGUGACCAAGAGCUCCUUAAAAAUAAGGUGUUGAAGGAGCUGAUUGAACCAUAUAGUCGGCGCGUGCAGAAGCUCAAGGAGUUUCUAAAUGAUGUCAAGCCGUCUCUCCAGUAUGAGAUUGUUCCUCUGUCUGACCCCUUUGGCCCGUCUGUCACUGACCCACAGCUGCAGUGCAUCGUUGUCAGUGAGGAGACUAGGAGAGGUGGUGAGGCUGUCAACAGGAAACGGGCAGAAAAUGGUUUAUCAGAGCUGGUCCUGUAUGAGAUUCCACUUAUUAAAGAUGCACAUCACACAGACAUAGAGGAGGAGAAGAUCAGUUCAUCCAGUCUGCGGUCACGACUUCUGGGCACACUCCUCAAGCCUCCCACGCCUCGACCUGCUCUGUCUCAGGUGCCUUAUGUGGUUGGUCUGACGGGGGGCAGCGGGAGCGGGAAGAGUGCUUUGUCACAGAGGCUAGAAGGGCUUGGAGCAGUACGGGUUGACGCUGACCAACUUGGCCAUGAAACCUACAUACCUGGCUCUGUCGCCUACCAUAAGAUACUGCAGGAAUUUGGUAGAGAUAUUUUGAAUGAGGAUCAGACCAUUAACAGGCGCGAUCUGGGGACAAAGGUGUUUGGGGACAAGGAGCGAUUGAAAGCCCUGACUGAUAUAGUAUGGCCGGAGAUUGCCCUUCUGGUUAAAGCAAGAAUACAGCAGGCUGAAAAAGAAGGGAAGCAUGUGUGUGUUCUGGAUGCAGCAGUCUUAUUGGAGGCUGGAUGGAAAGACAUGGUGCAUGAGGUUUGGGUGGCCAUUAUACCAGAGGAAGAGGCAGUAAGGCGUAUAGUGGAGCGUGAUGGUAUAAGUAAGGAGGAUGCACUGAGGAGACUGCAGAGUCAGUGGUCUAAUGCAAGGCUGGUGGAGCAGGCGAAUGUAGUACUGUGUACACUGUGGGAGCCAGAUGUUACUCAGAGACAAGUAGUAAAGGCUUGGAAUCUUCUGCAAGAACGCAUUCAGCAGAACAAAGAAGAAACUGGACUGCCAUCCUGAGACAGCAGUUUUAUAUUCAAGCAUAUGCACAAGCUUUAGCAGUUUACUUUUACAGUCUGAAAGGGUACAUCUCAGAUUUUUUGAGAAAAAGUUGACAGGGCUUUAUCCUUCUUUUUCUUUUUUACUUUUUACCUGUAGCCAAAUAUUUAAGAUGUUGACUGAAGUAGUCCUUGCCUCAGUGGAUUGUGUGGGCAUCUCUCUGUUUGGACAGGAGGAGUGGACAGUUUUGUCCCACCACACUCAGAACUGCAAAUAAUCUGAAGUUUUGACUGCAUGACUGGAUUAGAUUCUUCACAUGGAAAGGCCAGGUAUUGUUUGACACUAAUCAGGAAUUGCCAGAAUUUGGGCUUUAAGUCAGUUUAAAGCCAGCAUACUUCUAAUGAAAAGGUUCUUGACAUUUAUAGUGAUUUGGGGCACUGUGUGGCUUCAGGAUUGAAAUUUUAUGUCUAUUUUUAAUGGUUUAUUUGCUAGUCGCAGUUUUGUAUUUGUACUGAAAAAGUGGCCAGGUCACUUGUACAAGUUCUAAAACUGGUUGGUUUAGUUUUGAUUUUUUUGAAUUUUAGAUCCCAGUGUUAUUUCUCAUUGUCUGUAUGAUCUGAAUCAUCGCUUAUGCAAUCGUGGGAAAUGUAAGAAGAAAUUUAAAAUAAUUAAAGGGGAGGACUGAUGCCAUUUUGGUGUUACUUUAAAGCUGUAUUUAAGCAAACCUGAUAUUUAUAAAUUUGGAUGUUUAUGAUUUUGGGAUUCAGACUGAAUGCAACAAAAAACCUGUUCAAGUGUCCCACUCAAUCAAAACUUAAUCAAGAAAUGUACUUGUGAUGCAUAGUAUCAGGCUUUCAUCACCUUGAAUUUACUACACAAAGCUCACAAAGUUUGUUUUACUAAUAAAAAUCAUAACGGAUCAUGA